AGGAAAUUAGAAGAAAUGUUAAGGGGUAGAGGAAUAGGAAAAGUGGCCGAAAGUCCACGGAAAGGGCAAAACCAGGUAACCGACUGUCCACCUCAAAUCCACGCAUGUGUGACGCCAGGCCCACGGCUUAAACGAUUCCCCAUUCCACCCUCACAGGCCCUCUUUUCUCUCUUCCUCAGCUCUCUCUCUCUUCCUCCGCUUUCUCUCUCUAGAACUUUCUCUCCCUUCCCUUCCUCCUCUUUUAAGCAAUCGACGAUACGCAGGGAGAUGUCUGAUCCCAAGUAUGCCUACCCUUAUCCUGCCCAAGGUUAUUACCAGGGGCCUCCUGUAAUGGCGCCACCCCAGUACGCAGCACGCCCACCAAGAAGAGCUGGUUUCCUUGAAGGAUGCCUUGCGGCCCUGUGCUGCUGUUGUCUCAUAGAUGAGUGUUGCUGCGAUCCUUCAAUCAUAUUUGUGAGCUGAGCUCUAUUUGAUUGUUAUCAAUCAAUCAAAUGUUGCUGCUUCUUAUUUAAUUACUAAGUUUAAUUUCAUAUGUGUAAGGUGCUGAGAUGUUUGUGGCUGUAAUAUUAUUGUGCUCUCUGUAUUAUAUUCAGGUUGCUUUGUGAAUCUAAUUUUAGUUUCUCCCUU